AUGGGAAGAAGAAAGUGUUCACAUUGUGGUAAAAUAGGACAUAAUUGUAGGACAUGCACCUCCUUCACCACAAAGUUUAUAGGUCUUCGUCUCUUUGGUGUCCAACUAUCCUCAUCAUCAUUAUCAUCAUCUAGUACCAUCAUCAAGAAAAGCUUUAGCAUGGACACUUUUCCCUCACCAUCCUCUUCAUCUUCUUCAUUCUCUUCAUCAACCAUUCAUGAUAACCGUCAUCAUCACAAAUACACUUCUAAUCUUGCCUACCUUUCAGAUUGUUUUAUAGGUACACCCCAAGAAAGGAAGAAAGGAGUUCCAUGGACAGAAGAAGAGCAUAGAAUAUUUCUCGUUGGAUUAGAGAAUCUUGGAAAAGGAGACUGGAGAGGUAUCUCUAAAAACUUUGUCACCACAAGAACUCCUACACAAGUCGCAAGUCAUGCUCAAAAAUACUUUUUACGAUUAGCAUCGCUGAAGAACAAGAAACGGCGAUCAAGUCUCUUUGACUUGGUUGGGAGCAAGAACACCAAAAGAGAAGGACAAAGUAAUAAAUUAGAGGAUACAAAGUGUAAAUGUGAAGUUGAAAAAGAAGAAGAAGAAGAAGCCAAAUUAGAUAAUCAAGAAAUUAAUUACUCUAAAGCUAAUUGGCUACAUAAUCAUCAUUCUUCAAAUUAUGUAGCAGUGCCUAAUUUGGACCUUACACUUGCUGUUGCACCCCCUAAGGCUAAUCAACCCUCUCCAGCUGGCCCAUUUCUUCUAGGCCCAAUUAGGGUUACUUAA